ACGGUUAGAACAAAAUUCAAUCAAGGUCAUACCUCCUGGAGCUUUCUCACCAUAUAAAAAGCUACGAAGAAUUGACCUAAGCAAUAACCAGAUCUCUGAAGCAGCUCCAGAUGCAUUCCAAGGCUUACGUUCACUCAAUUCACUUGUUCUCUAUGGCAAUAAAAUUACAGAACUUCCAAAGGGCCUAUUUGAAGGACUCUUUUCUCUGCAAUUGCUAUUAUUGAAUGCUAAUAAGAUCAAUUGCCUGCGAGUUGAUGCUUUUCAAGAUCUGCACAACUUGAAUCUUCUUUCUUUGUAUGACAACAAGCUUCAGACCAUUGCAAAAGGCACCUUCUCACCCCUCCGUGCAAUUCAGACCUUGCAUUUGGCUCAGAACCCAUUUAUCUGUGACUGUCAUCUGAAGUGGCUGGCGGAUUAUCUUCAUACAAACCCCAUUGAGACUAGUGGUGCCCGUUGCACCAGCCCCCGCCGUCUGGCAAACAAAAGGAUCGGCCAGAUCAAAAGCAAGAAAUUCCGCUGCUCAGCUAAAGAACAGUAUUUCAUUCCAGGCACUGAAGAUUACAGAUCCAAAUUAAGUGGAGACUGCUUUGCAGAUUUGGCUUGCCCUGAGAAAUGUCGCUGUGAAGGGACCACAGUGGACUGCUCCAAUCAGAAACUCAACAAAAUUCCUGAUCACAUCCCCCAGUACACAGCAGAGUUGCGACUAAAUAACAACGAAUUUUCAGUCCUGGAAGCUACUGGAAUCUUUAAGAAACUUCCUCAGCUGCGUAAAAUAAACCUGAGCAAUAACAAGAUUACCGAUAUCGAAGAAGGAGCAUUUGAUGGGGCCUCUGGUGUGAAUGAACUAUUGCUCACUAGCAACCGCUUGGAAAGUGUUCGACACAAAAUGUUCAAAGGACUAGAAAGUCUCAAAACACUGAUGCUGAGGAGCAACCGUGUGAGCUGUGUGGGAAACGACAGCUUCACGGGCCUGAGCUCAGUCCGCCUUCUCUCGCUGUAUGACAACCAGAUCACCACCGUGGCCCCUGGCUCCUUCGAUACGCUGCAUUCGCUCUCCACGUUAAACCUCCUGGCCAACCCCUUCAACUGCAACUGCCAUCUCGCGUGGCUUGGAGACUGGCUAAGGAAGAAACGCAUUGUUACGGGGAACCCUCGCUGCCAAAAACCCUACUUCCUCAAAGAGAUUCCCAUCCAGGAUGUGGCAAUUCAGGAUUUUACAUGCGAUGAUGGAAAUGAUGAUAAUAGCUGCUCUCCACUGUCCCGCUGCCCUGCAGAAUGUACUUGUCUAGACACAGUAGUUCGCUGCAGCAACAAAGGCCUAAAAGCUUUGCCUAAAGGCAUCCCAAAAGAUGUAACUGAACUUUAUUUGGAUGGAAAUCAGUUUACCCUUGUUCCAAAAGAGCUUUCCAACUACAAGCAUUUAACACUUAUAGAUUUAAGUAACAACAGAAUCAGCACUCUUUCUAAUCAGAGCUUCAGCAACAUGACUCAGCUGCUCACCUUAAUUCUUAGUUACAACCGCCUGAGGUGUAUCCCUGCACGGACUUUUGAUGGGUUGAAAUCACUUAGGUUGUUGUCUUUACAUGGAAAUGAUAUUUCUGUUGUUCCUGAAGGGGCUUUUAAUGAUCUUUCAGCAUUAUCACACCUGGCUAUUGGAGCAAAUCCUCUUUAUUGUGAUUGUAACAUGCAGUGGCUAUCUGACUGGGUAAAAUCAGAAUACAAAGAACCUGGUAUUGCACGUUGUGCUGGUCCCGGAGAAAUGGCAGAUAAACUUCUUCUCACAACUCCUUCUAAAAAAUUUACUUGCCAAGGGCCUGUGGAUGUUAGUAUUCUUGCUAAGUGUAACCCCUGCUUGUCAAAUCCAUGUAAAAAUGACGGAACUUGCAACAAUGAUCCAGUUGACUUCUAUAGGUGUACUUGCCCAUAUGGUUUCAAGGGUCAAGACUGUGAUAUUCCCAUUCAUGCUUGCAUUAGUAACCCGUGCCACCAUGGUGGAACUUGUCAUUUGAAAGAAGGAGAAAAAGAUGGCUUCUGGUGCACUUGUGCAGAUGGAUUUGAAGGUGAAAACUGUGAAGUAAAUGUUGAUGACUGUGAAGACAAUGACUGUGAAAAUAAUUCUACUUGUGUGGAUGGAAUUAAUAACUAUACUUGCCUUUGUCCACCUGAGUAUACAGGUGAGCUCUGUGAGGAGAAAUUAGAUUUCUGUGCUCAAAACCUGAAUCCUUGCCAGCAUGACUCAAAGUGUAUCUUGACACCCAAAGGAUACAAAUGUGAUUGCACACCUGGAUAUGUAGGUGAUCAUUGUGAUAUUGACUUUGAUGACUGCCAGGACAACAAAUGUAAAAAUGGAGCGCAGUGUACUGAUGCAGUUAAUGGAUAUACAUGUAUUUGCCCAGAAGGAUACAGUGGCUUGUUUUGUGAGUUUUCACCACCAAUGGUUCUACCUCGCACCAGCCCUUGUGAUAAUUAUGAAUGUCAAAAUGGAGCCCAGUGUAUCAUAAAAGAGAGUGAACCAAUCUGUCAGUGUUUAUCAGGCUACCAGGGUGAGAAAUGUGAAAAGCUGAUCAGUAUAAACUUUGUCAACAAAGAAUCCUAUCUACAAAUCCCUUCAGCUAAGAUACGCCCCCAAACAAAUAUCACUCUACAGAUUGCCACAGAUGAAGACAGUGGGAUCCUGCUCUACAAAGGUGAUAAAGAUCAUAUAGCGGUAGAGCUGUACCGGGGAAGAGUGAGGGUCAGUUAUGACACAGGAUCUUACCCAGCCUCUGCUAUUUACAGUGUGGAAACUAUUAAUGAUGGCAAUUUCCACAUUGUGGAGCUGCUGGCUAUGGAUCAGAUUCUGUCUUUAUCUAUUGAUGGAGGAAGCCCCAAGAUAAUUACCAAUUUGUCCAAGCAAUCCACUCUGAAUUUUGAUUCUCCGUUGUAUGUAGGAG